UGGUUCAUUCAGUCAAUUGCCUAUUGACUGUUUGGCAAAAACGCUCAGUACCAACAGUGUAUUGGCCAGCGCCGUACGAAACUUCCAAACCUCCCCAAGUAUGCCGACAGCAGUAGUGAAACCUCAUUAUCGGAAGCAGUACCUGGCCGCAGUGAUUGCUGCUCUGGGAGCAUUUUCGAUUGGCACCAUUUUCGGAUGGAGCUCUCCAGUUGAAAUCAGAUUGCUGGAAAGCUCGGAGGCAGGAUUCGAAAUACGAGAAUCUCAAUUUGCCUGGGUGGUUUCGCUGAUGAGCCUGGGCGGUGCAGUCAUAAGCUUACCUGCUGGUCUGAUUGUACCCACAUUGGGUGCCAGGAAUACAUUAUUGUUGUUUGUUCUACCAACGAUGCUCGGUUGGAUUUGCAUCAUAUGGGCGAAUAAUGUGGUAAUGUUGUUGGCAGGUCGCACCCUGACCGGGUUUGGAGCCGGGGCCUUUUGUAUGGUCGUACCGAUCUACAUAGGAGAAAUUGCUUCCAAAGAGAUCCGAGGCACUGUGGGAAGCUUCUUCCAGCAGAUGAUUAAUUUGGGCAUCGUUACCACGUACGCUUUAGGGUUGAGCCUGGAUGUUUUUUGGCUCAGCGUUGUUUGUGGCCUUGUACCGGUUUCGUACGGUCUAUUGUUUUUCUUUAUGCCAAACACGCCGGCAUAUUUGGUUCAACGAGAGCAGGAAUCCAAAGCAAUCGAUGCAAUCAAAUGGUUGCGUGGUUCUCACGUGGACGUCACUUUGGAAAUCAAUGAAAUACGACGCCAGCAGCAGCGCAAAUCUACCGGCACCGAAGUCGAUGCUCGUGAACCGUUGUCCAGUUGGAAGCUGUUUCGUCAACCUGCCACAAUUCGUGCUCUAACCAUCAUGUUGGGCGUUAUGUUCUUCAUGCAAGCUUCAGGUGUGAACGCGGUGCUGUUUUAUUCAACCUCCAUAUUCCAGUCAGCCAACGUCGCAGUUGAACCAGAACUUGCUACCAUCAUUAUUGGAACCAUACAGAUCUUUGGAACGCUCCUGUCCACGCUGGUGGUGGAUCGAUUGGGACGACGAGUGCUUCUCCUGACAUCGGGCAGCGCCAUGUGCAUCAGUGUCCUAACGCUGGGAGUUUACUUUCUGCUGCUUUCGGAUGACCCAACAAACCAGGUGCCAGCUGAUGCCAGCAACCAUACCGGUUGGAUUCCCAUUGUGGCGCUCUGUCUAUACCUGACCCUUUUUGCUGUCGGAUUUGGUCCAGUUCCGUGGCUUUUGCUGGGUGAAAUAUUCGCAUCGGAGGUGAAAGGACCGGCCAGUGCUUUGGCAAACAUGACAAGCUUUGCGAUGUCCUUUGCCCUGUCGUUGGUGUUCCCGUUGGUGCGGCAGUCGAUCGGCAGUGGACCCAUUUUCAUAAUUUUCUCCGUCUUUUGCGCGCUGGCCGUGAUGUUUGUGGCGUUAGUUGUACCGGAAACGAAAGGCAAGUCGUUGAACGAAAUACAGAGUAUGCUGGCAGGAUGACCACAAUCUGCACAAUAAAUAGAG